AUGUCGGAACACGUUCCUAUCGAUUACCAACAACUAAGCGACACCCUUCAAACCUUCUUCCAAGAACAUCCACAGGUCGAUAACACUGUCGGGAUAGAAGCUUACGCACAUCUUCAAAGGGCCCAACAUGGUCUUGCUCAGUAUGCAACGGACUUACAAGAGGUGGAGAGGGAGGCUGGAAAUGCAAGGGAGAUGUUCGAACGAGACCUUGCUGCUGCUCAAACCCAGCGGGUCGCUGUCGAAGUAGUUGCCCCUGAUGAAGAACCGAUUGGUGGUGAUGAUGCCCCACCCGCGCCGCCAAUACCACCCGUUGUGGCUACUACUCAGCGGUCGGAAAAGCUUCCAGACCCCGAGGUGUUUAGGGGAGAUCGCGAUCGAGAAAGAUUACACCUAUUCAAACAACAGAUGAGGAUUAAACUAUUGGGAAAUGCCGACCGCUUUCCCACACUACAGUCCAAGUUAUCCUACGCAUUCAGUCGACUGGAGGGUAUUGCCGCUAAUCAGUUCUUACAAUAUGUCGGAGAAGAAGGCAUCGCUUUGCCUUCCAUGUUGCGGUUUUAUGAAAUCUCAGAUACUGCGUUCGGGGACCCUGAUCGAAUGCGCACAGCUAGAAGGAAUCUUAGGAACAUCCGCCAGCGAAAUCGAACCUUUGCUGACUAUUUCGCCGAAUUUCAACGGUACGCUGCUGAAUCAGGAAUGGAUGAAGUCUCUCGGAUUGAGGCUUUGAUGGAGGGCAUUAAUGCGGAACUCGAUGAAUCGAUGAUACACCAUGAAACUCCUGCGACAGUAGAUGCCUGCGCGACACUUUUGCAACGGUUAGAUAAUCGACGACGAGCGGCAGAGGCUAAGCGAGGAAGUAAAAAGCCUUGGAGUGCUACUACUGCUCCGACCCCUCGUCCCCCACCAGCGAAUCCUGUGCCUACCCCUCGCGCUGCCGCCCCAGCUGUCAACAUCACCAAGCUCGCCUAUUACCCAGGGCGCAGCCUCUACGUCCUGGCGGGCAUUCUGCGCCACGAGCGCCCAGCGCGUCCGGCACCGCCAGAGUACAACCUUCGCGCCAGGCUCCGCCGCAGGACCGUCCCACUCUCUGGGACCGCCAGGAGAUAUGGCUCACGUCCGGAGGGCACUCGCUAA